CUGUUCCCCAUCGAAGAAAAGAAACUUAGUAGUGGAACAGUCGUCUCUCUGAAAACCCUCAAACAAGAAGCAAAACCACAAACACAAAUCUGAAGAAGCAAAAUCACAACUCUCAACUUUUCAGUGCUUUCGAGGGUGAAAUCCUUUUCCGUUUUUAAGAAGGCAUUUUGGGGACAAUAUGGCCACGAAAGUUGACCAGGCAUCUUCAGUUGAACCUCAUCGUGCUCAGACAACUGUAAUGGCCACCUCAUCUGUAGCAUCAGCUAGUACUCCAAAAGUUUCCAUGUUCAUAAAGAAGGCUGGAUUUGUUAUACCAAAGAAUAAAUUAGCAGGUUCGCUGGUUCCUGCCAUCCGUCCUAGGAAGACUGAAGCCCGAGAUGCAGCCAAAGUAGAGGAUAAUAAACAAAUCAAAAGGAAAACAAAAUGGGGUGCUGAUCUCUCAGAAGAUGCUGCUGUUCGGAAAGGAAGAGCUUUAGCAUAUCAGACUCGAGUAGACCAAAUAGCACAACAGUUGAAAUCGGGAGUUCUCGAGGAGGAAGAUGAAAAAGGCACAGAACUACUGAAAGAUGCUCCACAUCCUGAAUCUUCUAGGGCUCAAAAAGAUGACCAGAUGGAGAAGCUUGAAAUGUUAGCACUGGAGAAACAAGAGAUUAUUGGGGAGAUACUAAAGUUGAAUCCGAGCUACAAGGUUCCACCGGAUUACAAACCACUAUUGAAGGAGGCCAAGAUUCCUAUUCCUGUCACACGUUACCCUGGAUACAAUUUCGUUGGCGUGAUAUUAGGGCCUGGAAGCCAUACUCAAAAGCGUUUAGAAGAGGAAACUGGAGCUACUAUACAAAUUCAUGGUACUAAAGUGGGUACGGGAGAGAAGGGUGAAACAACCUCAUCAGAUGGAAAUGAUGUUCAAAUUGCUUAUGAGGAGCUAUAUGUCCAUGUAUCAGCUGACUCGUUUGAGAAAAUUGAUGCCGCGGUUUCCUUAAUUGAACUACUCAUUUCCCCAGUACUGCAUGGAAAUUCAGCGACGGCUACCACAGAUACAGCAACAGGCACUGGGAAUAGUGUGAAUGUGUUUGAUCAGAAUCAGAAGGAUGCCGUUAGUUCUGCUGGUUAUGUGGUACCUAUGGCUGGUGUUAACCACGGUUUUAUGCAGCCAAUGGCAGGACCUUCACAGUCUGGUCGCACACAAGUUCAAUUUCAGCCAUACCAUGGUCCAUGGUUCCCACUAGGCCCACCCCAACCUGCAGUGCAUCCCCACUCUGGUUAUGCCCCCUCAUCACACAUGUCCAAUGCUGUCCAAUGUCGUCCAACAUCCAUCAAUACUUCAACUGUGCAUCCAAGUUUUAGCGGUCAUUCUCAGCGUCCUUUUAUUCCUGGUCAACCACAGCCGAUGCAAAGUCUACAGCAGUCUUACAUGCCUGAACUUCGUCAACAAUCUCAGGGUUUUCCGAUGUUGAACAACCCCAUGCAGAGUCAGCAGAACUCACCUGCUUUCCGUGCCAUGGCACCUCAACCUAAUUCUGCCAUGCCACAUCAAAAUACUGGUAAUCGACCAAUUUCAACAGGAACGUUCUCAUAUCCAAGUCUUCAACAUGCAUCAAUGAGACCAUUGACUGGUAGACCUGUAACUCCUUCUGGAAGCUCUGUUGGAUGGUCGGGUGUAUCACCAGCUGCAUCAACAUCUCAAGGGAUAUCUAGUAUGAUGCGUAUAAAUCACCCAAUGGGUCCACCCUCUGAAGGUCGGUCUCCGUAUCCCCCACCUUCAAAUGUACCUUCUUUUACAUCAGCAUCAACUCCCUCGUCAAUUGCUGAACCCACAUUAGGUUCCACUCAAUUACAUGUUCCUCCCGCACUAUCAUUAUCCCAACUGCAGCAGGGAAGUAUUCUGCUACCAGUCACAACUCCAAGACCGCAGCGCCCAAAUUCUGGUGAUUUCACUUUUCGACCUCUGGUGCCUCCUCCUCAAGCAAGUCCAGGAUCUCCAUCCCUAGCUCCUCAAAUGCUGCCAAGACCAACAACGCUACAGACUUCACCGACUCAGCUGCCAUCUUACCGACCAGCCAUGAACAAUUCAUCAUUGCAAGUAAGCAUUCUAAGUAAUCAAAGCCCCAGGGCUGCAUAUCAGGUUGGACAACCUCAAGCUCUGGUUUCUUUUGGUGCCAACACAGCUCAGAUUCCACAGCCUCAACUAAGAUUUCCAGCAUUUCCAAAUCCAAAUCCUAUGCUAACAUCACAAAUCCCGCAUCAGGGACUCCAAAUGCCCAAUUCCCCUGGAAAUUUGCCGCCGCCUCGGACAGUAAAUCAUCUUCAACUUCAGCAGAACAAGUUUGGUGUUACUAUUCCAUCAGGCAACCUCUUUGUUCAAACCCAACAAAUUAGUAAUAAUAUGCAAGGGUUUAGUCCUGGAGUUUGGAAUCAAGGCUACGAUCCCUUCUCCCCCACUGCGGUACCUUCCUCUGCACUGCUGAACCAAAGAGAAGAUUUAGCAAGGAAACCGGGGAGUUGAACCAUAUUCUGAAGAUCUGGUGGAUUUUUGAUGAAUGUGGGAUACAUUGAAGUGGUUAGUUUCGUGAGUUGUGGAAAAUUUGACAGUGCUUUUUUCUUUGAAUACAUCCUGAAAAAGAAAAGAGGACUAGAAAUAGAAAUCAAAGUAGCUUAAUGUACUAGACAAUAUGUUAUAACAGUCAGUUUUGUAUCUGAUUUAUCUAAGUGGUAAGAUGCUCUGAUUCUUCAUAAGGAAAUACAGUCGAACCUCG